UCUCCACGCGUGUUGCAACCGGAACGCGACCGCCCGGCCUUCGCCGCCUGUCUACACCGGCGUCCUAUCGCUCUUCCGCUCUCAACAAUACUUCAACAGUUUCAGCAACACUUCAACAGUUCAGUGAUCGACUUGAUUGCGGCCCCGUGUUAUCUGCCACAUUCGUGCCGUCACAUAGACGAGCCAGAUAAGGGUGUGUAAAAGUCGGUGCUGUGUUCUUCCCAAUCGAUACGUGUCUCGCUGUGCGUUUUCGUAUGAUCGGAGUGCAACGUUGACAAAAGCCAGUCAACGACUUCAAGACCGCUCGUCAAAGUUGUCAAGUUUGUCGAGACGGAACACAACUGCACUGACUUCGAAGGCAGCGAGGCAAGAUGUCCGAGAAAACGACACCCAACCCCUUGGGAGAUUCGCUGCUCCAAUUCUCCCUCGAUUUGUACAAACAGCUCAGCUCAAAAAGUUCCUCUUGCGAAAACAUCUUCUAUUCUCCCUUCAGCAUCGCCGCUGCUCUUUCCAUGGCCCUGGCAGGAGCGCGCAACGCCACUGCCAAGCAGAUCGCCGAUGUUCUUCACGUGAACAGCGAGGAAGUCCACAAGCAUUUUGCCAGCUUUAUGUCCAAGCUCUCCAGCUUUGCACCGGACGUGAAGCUGCACGUGGCCAACCGGAUGUACUCUGAACAGACAUUUCCGGUCCUGGACACCUACCUCGCCCUUCUUCGUGACUCUUACGACACCACGAUUGAAUCAGUCGACUUUAAGACACACUGUGAGAAAGUUAGGCAGCAGGUCAACGCCUGGGUCGAGCAAGCCACGCAAUCCAAGAUCAGAGACCUGCUUCCAUCUGGAAGCAUUGACGACAUGACAACCUUGAUCUUAGUUAACGCCAUCUACUUCAAGGGCCUCUGGAACUCACAGUUCGACCCCAAGUCUACGCAUCGUUCCAACUUUCUGUUGGACAAGAACAACAAGAAGGAAAUCGACAUGAUGUACCAAAAGAAUGAUUACAAAAUGGGUCGUAGCGAAGAACUCGGCGUCACCGCAUUGGAGAUACCGUACCGAGGCGGAAAAACUUCCAUGCUCAUCCUUCUACCCAACGACGUCGAAGGACUGUCUCAAGUUGAAGACCGUCUGACCAGUCAGAAGCUUUCAGUCUUCAUCGAGAACCUUCGUAUUAUUUCGGACGUCAAGCUGUACCUUCCGAAGUUCAAGCUAGAGCAGACGCUCGACCUCAAGGGAACGCUGACUGUCAUGGGAAUCGAAGACUUCUUCACGCCGAAAGCGGACCUUACCGGAAUCAACGCCACUGGGAAACUGAUGGCCUCGGAGGUAUUCCACAAGGCAUUUGUGGAGGUGAAUGAGGAAGGAACCGAAGCUGCAGCGGCUACUGCCGUAACGUUGAUGACAUAUUGCGCACGAAUAGACGACACUCGAUUUGUUGUCGACCACCCGUUCCUGUUCCUAAUACGCAGCCACGAUCCAGACGUAGUGCUGUUUAUGGGGUCCGUCCGCCAGCUCUAAGCAGUGAAAGUAGAGACUGAAAGACUAGUCAAGCACAUAAUAUGCAAAGAAGGGUCCAGUAAUCUAUGCUGUCUUUAUAUUCCCCGCUCAAUGUAUUCACUUGUUGUUACUAUUGUGUCCUAAACUAUUUAGUCGAAAUAAACGAGCUAUGCGGGUUUUCA